CAUCCCGGAAGAAGAGCGGUAGUAGAAAAGGACUUCCGGAUGCUGGUGCGGGCCUCGUCAGCGCGACACACAGAGCAGACAUGACGAAGUUAACACAGUGGCUUUGGGGACUGGCGCUCCUGGGCUCUGCCUGGGCUGCCCUGACCAUGGGAGCACUGGGUCUGGAGUUGCCCUUCCCCUGCCGGGAGGUCCUGUGGCCACUGCCUGCCUACCUGUUGGUGACCGCUGGCUGCUAUGCCCUGGGCACUGUGGGCUAUCGCGUAGCUACAUUUCACGACUGUGAGGACGCCGCCCGAGAACUGCAGAGCCAGAUCGUGGAGGCGCGAGCUGAUUUAGCCCGCAGGGGGCUGCGCUUCUGACUCCUAAACCCUUUCCAGCCUGGACACCUCUCCUCAUUCCUCAUUAAAAUGCAGUUUUAUUUUCUAA